AUGAGGCUGACAUUUGGGAUAUUCCCCAAGGAUGGCCUCAGUAUGUCCCUCUCCGGAGUCACCAUGGCUCUCUGUACCCUCACCCUGCUUCUAGUGGCUCUCAGGGGCCGCAAGCGAGAGGGUGCGGGACACCCCAAAGGCACCCUGCCACCGGGGCCGACCCCCUGGCCCCUGGUGGGUAACCUGUUCCAGAUGGGCGACCAGAUCCACCUGUCACUGACGCAUCUCCGGCUGCAGUACGGAGACGUCUUCCAGAUGCGUAUGGGCUCCCUUGUUGUGGUGGUGCUUAGCGGCUAUGCCACCAUUAGGCAGGCGCUGGUUCGGCAGGGUGAGGCUUUCGCUGGACGCCCUGACCUCUUCACCUUCUCUGCCGUGGCCAAUGGCACCAGCAUGACCUUCAGUGAGAAGUAUGGCCCCGCCUGGGUGCUCCACAAGAAGCUCUGCAAGAACGCCCUACGCUCCUUCUCGCAGGCAGAGCCGCAGGGUCCCGACACCACCUGUCUGCUAGAGGAGCACGUGUGCGCUGAGGCAGCUGGGAUGGUGGAGGCCAUUUGGGAGCGAUCAGAGGCGAGCGAGGGGCUAGGUCUGGACCCUGUGGUCCCGCUGGUUAUGUCGGUGGCCAAUGUGGUGUGUGCUCUGUGUUUCGGGAAGAGGUAUGACUACAAUGACAAGGAGUUCCUCACUAUUGUGCACAUCAACAAUGAGGUGUUGCGGAUCUUCGCUGCAGGCAACAUGGCCGACUUCUUCCCUGUGUUCCGCUACCUGCCGAGCCCGUCCCUGCGUAAGAUGGUCCAGCACAUCAGGAGAAUGAACAGCUUCAUGGAACACAACAUUGAGGAGCACCUGGAGACCUUUGACAAGGACUGUAUACGUGACAUCACAGAUGCUCUGAUUGCCCUCUGUGAGGAGCGGCAAGAGGAUGAAGACACCGCAGUGCUGUCCAACUCCCAGAUCAUACACACUGUCAUCGACAUCUUUGGAGCAGGAUUCGAUACCAUCAUAGCUGGUUUACAGUGGAGCCUCUUAUACCUCAUCAAGUUUCCUGACAUCCAGGUCAAAAUACACCAGGAGAUUGACGACCACAUUGGCCCAUCCAGACUACCUCGGUUUGAAGACAAGCCCAGGAUGCCUUUUACCGAGUCCUUCUUAUACGAGGUGUUCCGUCACACAUCCUAUGUCCCUUUCACCAUACCACACUGCACCACACAAAACAUCACACUCAAUGGAUACUUCAUUCCAAAGGACACCUGUGUCUUCAUCAAUCAGUAUCAGGUUAAUCAUGACAUAGAUCUGUGGGGUGACCCGGACGUGUUCCGCCCCGAGCGCUUCCUGGGUAAAGAGGGACUGCUCAACAAAGACCUGACAGAGAAGGUCAUGAUCUUCGGGAUGGGGAAAAGGCGUUGCCUGGGUGAUGGGUUCGCUCGGUUGGAGAUGUUUGUAUUCCUGACCACACUGCUCCAUCGGCUGUGUAUCGAGAAUGUUCCGGGACAGGAGCUGGACCUCAGUACCGACUUUGGGCUCACCAUGAAGCCCCGCCCCUACAGGAUCAGUGUCUCGUCACGCCUCUAGAUCCGUCCUGUCCGUUAAGCCAUACGGCACCAACUACAAUAAGGCUACAACUGGCUUGACUGGGCAACACCUUGCCCACAUCAUCAUAACGCACAGAAACCAUGGAUACUCAGACACCAAGACAUAUUUACUAUACAGACUGAACACAACAUCUUUACCUGGCAGUGGCGUCAUUACCACUGUAAACACAAACACAGUUCCUAGCUGUGAAGAGUCAAGACAGAGUUAAGCCGGUACAAAGUGUGCAAUAGUAUUAGUAUAGUAUAAGUAGCCAUAACCAAGGAUUUGUUCACAUCCAUUUCCUCAUUGGUCAUCAAAUGGAUUGAUAUUUCCCUAGAAGUUGUUAAGAUUUUAUUUGAAGUAUGUUAUAUCCUAUUGUAGAUAUUUAAGAUAAACCUAUUCUAUAUGUAACCUUAGCAUUUUUAUGAUAUCUCAAUAUGCAUGUAAUGUUAGAAUAUCUAUGCCUAUUGGAAAACGGUAUUGGUACAGGGCCAUUCCCAGUAUUAUUUUAACUAUUAGGGACAGUGAUUGGUCCUUCCACCUUCAUCAAGUGAAACAUAAUUACAAAUGCCUUUUAUUAAUAUCCUUAUCUGUAGUUAUUAAUUCAACUAAACGCUUAGGGAGGGAUAGAGCAAGUGUUGUUUUAUAUAAGUGAUCAGAGCCUUGGGCACUAUGCAGCGUUCACUCAGGGUUCAUUACUACUCAACGCACUCUUCCACCCCCCCCUCUUCAUCUGUAACUCCGGGGUUUUAAGAGAUCUCUUUCUCACUUUCUCUCUCCUUUCCCCUUCCUACUGUAAGUAGUUGCCAGUGAUACUCUGAGAUCGAGUAGCAUCACCUUUAAAAAAUAUAUAUAUUUCAAAAAAUAUAUUAGACACAGUCUUUGUAUUCUACCAGACUUCUUUCAGAGGUUAAUAUGAAAGAUAAGACACGUCUGUAAAAUUCUAAUUUUGAUGCUGUGAUGUUCUAUUUUAUGAGAUAAAACUAUCACUGAAAAGCCAUGACUAUGUGUUUGAAUGAGAAUUGUUUCUUACAUUAUUGUAACUUGAUUGCCAGUAUAUGUUCCCAGAAGAAUUCCACAGAUGUCACAGCAGUGAAGCCAUUUAAGAGACAUGUCUUUAUUCAGAUGACAAUACACCCCUUUUUGAAAUCCGAUAUUAACGAUGCCUGUUAACACGUGUCUUGUGAAAUGUACAUUUUUUCAUUUGUUAGUCUUUUUUGUCUUAAUUUAGCAUCUGAAAA